AUGAAUACUUGCGACAUAAGGCAGGGCUCUGGGAGCAGCGCAGGCGAAAAAAAGAAGCUGUCGUAUAACAUAUUUACGGAGAAAGUUUUGACAGAAAAGGGGCUGAAUCGGCACCACAUAGGGUCUUUUAACCACUUUGUGGAAAAAGAAAUAAAAACGGUUAUGCAGACAAACAGCUUCAUAGACUCCGACGUAGACCCGUCGUUCUACAUGAAGUACACGGAUAUUCGCGUGGAGCCGCCCUCAAUAGAAGAAAACAUGGUAAAGAGGUAUGUCACGCCCGAGGAGUGCCGAAUAAGAAACCUAACGUAUGCAGGAGACAUAGUUGUGGAUGUAGAGUACACGCGGGGCAAGGAUGUGGUUUCCUCGAGGAACAUAAUAGUGGGAAAGAUGCCUAUUAUGCUGGGGAGCAGUCUGUCGCUUCGGCAGAAAGAGUAUCAGGAAAACACGCUGCACACGGAGUCUGGCAGCGUGCAGAGCAUCGUGAACCCACGGUACUCCCGGCCGAAAAACGAGUGCCCGUACGACAUUGGCGGGUACUUCAUAUGCAAGGGGAUGGAGCGGGUUCUUCUAAUGCAGGAGCAGCUGGCCAAGAACAGGAUACUGAUAGAGACAGACUUCAGAGGGGACCUGUGCGCAGUGGUGACCAGCUCGUCGCUGGAGAGAAAGAGUAAAACCAAGGUUGUGCUGAAAAAAAAGCUUCUGUACAUGGCGCACAACUCGCUGACCGAGGACAUCCCGCUGAACAUAGUGAUGAAGGGAAUGGGGGUCACCACGGACCUGGAGAUUGAGAUGCUGAUAGGCCAGCCCGUGGUAAGCGUUGCCCACAUAAGGACAGACCUGGAGGCGCUUGCGUGGAUAGGCAGCCGGAUAAAGACCCGGUCUGGCGGAAUAGACGAGGCGCGCCUUCUGCUGUGCGACAUUAUUCUAGCACACGUGCCGGGAACAGGGACAGAGAUGCGAAGAAAGGCCGAGUACUUGUCCAUUAUGGCGAGAAUGCUUUUGGAGUACAGCCGCGGAGGCGCAGACGAGCUGCAGAACGACAAGGAUUUUGUCGGAAACAAAAGAAUAGAGCUGGCCGGGCAGAUGCUUUCUCUUUUGUUUGAAGACCUUCUGAAAAGGCUCAACGGGGAGAUAAAGAAGGCGCUGGACCGCGUGCUGUGCAAAAGGGCGAGGGCGCAGGAGCUGGAUGCGCUGCACUUUUUGGUUAUGAACAGAGGGAUGGUGACAACAGGGCUGCUCCGGGCGAUUUCAACGGGGUCUUGGUCUUUGAAAAGGUUCCGCAUGGAGCGGGCAGGCAUUACGCAGGUUCUGACCCGCCUGAGCAGGCUUUCUGCGAUUGGAAUGUGCUCGAGAGUCUCGUCGCAGUUUGAAAAAACCAGAAAAGUGUCGGGCCCGCGUGCGCUGCAUUGCUCGCAGUGGGGAAUGUUUUGCCCUGCGGACACGCCAGAGGGAGAGGCCUGCGGGCUUGUGAAGAGCCUGGCAAUGCUCACAGAAAUCACGCCGAGCGAGAAAGAAGACGAGGUUUUGACAGCGCUCUCUUUUCUGGGAAUUGAAGACAUUUCUGUGGUUGCGUCGGCAGAGCUGGAGGGAGCCAAGUGCUGGCUAAACGGGGUUUUGGUGGGCACGUGCAGACGCCCCGAGGAAAUGGCCAGGGAGCUGCGGAGGGUCCGAAGAAGCGGCGUUAUUCCCAGCACAGUUGGAAUAUGGGUAAACACAGACCUUUUUGUGUCCACAGAAACAGGGAGGCUUACGCGCCCGCUGAUUAUUGUGGAGCAGGGAAAGCCAAGGCUUCAGCAAAAGGAUCUGAAGCUUCUCAGCGAAGGGUACAAGACCGUUUCCGACUUGGUCAAGGAGGGCCUGAUAGAGUAUAUUGACCAGAACGAGGCCAAAAACUCGCUGAUUGCCGUGUGGGAGUGUGAAAUAUCAGAAAAAACCACGCAUUUGGAGAUAGACCCGGCUGCCGUGCUGGGGUAUGUGGCAGGCGUUAUUCCGUACCCGCACCACAACCAGUCGCCCAGAAACACAUACCAAUGCGCCAUGGGAAAGCAGGGGGUGGGCGUAACAGGCGUGGACCAAAGGCGGCGGAUGGACGGGGCAAAUUUCUUUAUGGUAAACCCGCAGAGACCGCUGGCGGCGACUCGGGGGAUGGAGCUUAUAAAGUACAACGACUUGCCGGCAGGGCAGAACCUGACAAUAGCGGUUAUGAGCAUGUCGGGAUACGACAUUGAAGACGCGCUGAUUUUGAACAAGGCCUCUGUGGACAGAGGCGUGGGGCGUGCUCUUUUGUUCAAGACGCACGCGGUCUCCCUGCGCACGUACCCAGGAGGCGCCGCAGACACAAUUGUAGGGGACGGGAUUCCGUCUCCGGGCCUGAAGGUGAGCGAGGGCGUGACUUUUAUAGACAGAAGAACCCCCGUGGGAGGAAAGGCAGGGGCAGUGUACAGAGGCCUGGACGGGGCAUCUGUCGACAAAACAGCGAUAAUGAGGACAGGAGACGACCUGAUUACAAUAAAAACCGUGCUAAAAGAGCACCGGAUCCCCAGGAUUGGCGACAAGUUCAGCAGCAGACAUGGGCAGAAGGGGGUCGUUGGGCUGAUUCUGCCACAGGAAGACAUGCCGUUCAAUGAAAUGGGCAUAUCGCCAGACUUGGUGAUGAACCCGCACGGGUUUCCAUCGAGAAUGACCGUUGGAAAGAUACUGGAGCUGGUGACAGGAAAGUCGAUAUCGAACGGGUCCAAAAAGCUUACACAGUAUGCAGCAACCGCAUUUGGCGGCACAAGGGCGCAGGACAUUGCGGACGAGCUGGUCGCUCUGGGGUACAGCGAAACAGGAAAGGAGACUCUUAUGUGCGGAACCUCCGGGGAGCAGAUUCCCGUUCGGAUAUUUUUCGGGCCCGUCUUUUACCAGCGGCUGAAACACAUGGUGACAGAUAAAAUGCACGCGCGUGCAAGGGGGCCCAGAGCUGUGCUGACUCGGCAGCCCACCGAAGGAAGGUGCCGUGACGGAGGGUUUCGUCUGGGAGAAAUGGAGAGAGACUGCUUGAUCGGAUACGGCGCGUCCGAGAUCCUUAUAGAGAGGCUUGUGGUUUCUUCGGACAAGUUCAUGGCGCAUGUGUGCAGCGAGUGCAAGCUUAUCACAAGCCCGGGCGGGUGCAUCUCGUGCAAAAAGUCGCAGGUCCAGAAGAUCCAGAUGCCGUAUGCCUGCAAGCUGCUCUUCCAGGAGCUGAUGGCCAUGAAAAUAGCGCCGCGCAUUAUUCUGAAGGAGUAG